UUUUGAUCGCCUGCAAGCUACGUUCUGGAUGUUUUCCUGAUUUGAUAGGUUGAAACCUCCUAUGGUUGCGCAUUUUCAAAUGCCAUAUUCCGCACAGGCAUUGCACAGAAUAGGAUAUGUUGUCUGCUCAAAAUAUCCACAGCAGGAUAUCCAGAUUAUCCGUGAGGGGAUAUUCCACUGCUAUUUGAACUACCGGAAUCGAUCGAAGCGCCAGCAACUCCAACCGUACAGUAUGUACGGAGUAUGUCAGAUAACUACUAGCUUAGCACACAAGGAACAAAGAACAAUAAUGAGAACAAACACUCCAGCAUCCGGGCCCAAGCUCCCGCCCUCAAGUAUGCGCCGUCGCCGGUUGCGAUUUUGUGAUGAGAGAUUGAACAACCGGGGUACAUUCAUGCAUGAUUCAAGCAACUGGUUCUUCUUCAUUGAAGCCCAUUUCCACAACUGAUCAAUCACACGCUGUCUUCUCUGAAUUGCGCUGCAAUGGGCGCUGGACACCACUGGGUAGCGUGUGAUGGCAUGCAGCAAGAUCCCCGUCUGAGAUCUGUCAUUGGCCACCGGCUUGAAUCGUCACACCCAGCGCUAGGCUGAGCGCCGGCUCUCCUUCGCUGCAAGGCCUGGACACGGUGGUGGGUGGGUGCAUCUCUCCCACCCACUCAUGGGGCCCAGCGGCAGCUUGUCGCUCAGCACCAGUCUGACAAUCCGGCCUCCCUGGCCUUCCUACCAUGGCCUGCAGGGUUGAUCGGAUGCACUUUUGUGGUGCCCUGGGUGGUGGGGAGUCCAUCAUUCGUCCGUCCUGUCCCCUCAUACAGCGAGUUUGCCUUGGCGAGCAACAUGACCCCGGCAGACAUCUCCCUCCAACUGCGGGCGAGGGAUUGGAGCGAGUAGCUCUGCAUGCCCGCCGGAGUUGAAGAAGUACCUAAAUACACAUAUGCGCUCAACUCUUUUCACUGGCAUUCUUCCUGUCCCACCCUACCAUCCUCUCUUCCAUCUUCUCUUCUCCCUCCUCUUUCUUCGACCUGUUGCUCAGCCUGUCCGUGCAUCAACACUGGCGACAACAAUAAUUGAGAUGACCCUCCUGCCAGCAGGCCUGGCCUGAAGAGAACAGAUAACUACUCGUCUCUCAUACUCUACGCUGCAUCCAUACUAAACAGUUAAUAGCGGGUUGGUUUCGAUCCAUCCUAAUAUCUGGCAUUUGCUUUGGGCCCUAUCUUCUUAGACCCUCGCCCAAUCGCCGCCCCAAUACUCCAUCCAUCUAUCCCCCGAUUCUCCAUACACGAGAAACACAAUGUUGUGGUAUCUGCCCCGGAAAUAUCGGCCGCCCAUCCUAUUCAAGAUCUUGCUCGGCAUCGAACUUCCCAUAACCAUUGCAGUCCUCACCCUGUUCGGCAUCGCAUCACCAGAUCUAUAUCGAACGAAACUGUGGGAAGAUGGAGCUAAGAAUGGCUUCAAUAGCGGCCCAGAGGACAUGAUUUACGCCUUUGCAAACUACCGCCCAUAUUCUACACCCAAGCCUUGGAGUCAAUUCAUUACGCACUUCAACCUUGUCAUAUCGGUGUUGAGUAUGUUUUUCAUGCUCGUCAAAGCACCUAUGUUCAUCUUGAAUGUCUUCUACCCGCCAUUCUCUGUGAUUGUGCAUACAACAUUGACCGCGCUUUACGCGGUUUCAAUUGCAUACCAAGCUUCCCCUGACAUGACCGAUCCGGAACGCCCGCAACCAGGCGCACCUUGGUAUCUCACCAAAAACUGCAACGUCGCUAAAAGCCCGUCCAAUGUUGGCUAUUGCCAGCAAGCAAAAGGGUCAUUUGCUUGCACUGUGUUGAUGUUCGCACUCUUCCUCGUCCACACCGUCUACGCUGUCUACUCCUGUCUCCCCACCGAGGAAAUCCACGAAAAGCAAAGACAACGCCUGGCACGGCGCAGGGAACUCGAAGACCUAAAGAGUCUCAAGUCGCCCAUCUACCCCAUGCACGCACCCAUGACUCCCGGCAGCACUGCUUUCCCCCCAAUGACACCGCGCACCCAAGCUUUCAACCGUCUAGGCGGAACCACAGACCUGCCUCUGCGAAACCAUUUCCUGCCCCCCGACAUGCCGAACGGUGGCCACGCGAAGAAUUUCAGCAUGCCGUCGCCCCCACAUAGUCCCACGCCGCCGCAGAUGAGCGGAUCGACAACAAAUGGCACGCCCCCGCCAAAUGGAAGUGCAAGUGCAGAAGGCCAGAGCCAGGCGACGGUGUAUUUCCCCCCGCCGCCAAAGAAGGCGAGUAAAUGAGGGGAGGAUGGGGGUCAAAAGUGUACUUGUUUUCGAGAGAGGAAAUUUGGAAUGGGAUACGGGGGCUAGGCUAGGUCGAAAGAUCAUUGCGCUGGAAUAUAAAUAAGCCUCUAGGAUUUGUUCGUUGGAUCUCCAGACUGUCUGUCCCUCUUUGUCUUGGUACUGUAUGAGAAAGGAGGUUUUUGAGCGGCGUGAUAUAUAUAUCCUUUCCCCUUGGAAGUUUCCUUUCAUUCUACCUUAUUCUACUAGGCGAUUUUUUCAGGUCUUAUUUUAUCUACAUAGUAAUUACUCAACUUUAUCCUUGGUACGUUGUUUUUGAAACUAUAUAUUUAGUACCACACAAUAUGUCUGGCUACGUAGGUAGAUAAAAUAAAUUCACUAU